AUGUCCACCUCCCGCCGCUCGGCCUUCGACGUUCUCAUGUCCAAUGCUUCAAAGAAGAAGAAAGAGGAGACUCAGUCUCAAACCCCCAAGUCGCAAAAAUCGUCGCCCAGAAAACGCAAAACCCCAGCUGAAAUUUCCAAAACCUCAAAUCCGAGCUUUAAUAACGCUGAUUCGACAGGAAAGCCCCAAGAAGUUGUGGAGAAAUCCAAUUCUUCCCAAAUUGUAGAUGCUGAACUGAUUAAGAGCCCGCUGAAUAAAAGUGCUGCUGACACCCUUGUUCCCAAAGAAUCAAGCUCCAAACAGGAUGCAUCAGAUAAUGCGGGUUUGAACGAGGCCAUGGUGGAGAAGAAGAAAGCGAGGGCAUCAAUCAGCCCGGACGACAGUGUGUUGGAGUUGAAGAAGAAGCCUGUGAAUUUCAAUGUGAAGAAGGCGGUCUAUUGGGGGCAGGGGGAAAGGGUGCCUUUCAUGUUUGUGGUGAAGGCAUUUGAUGCUAUAGAUAAGGAAAAAGGUCGUAUAGCCAUUACGGAGAUUGUGUGUAAUAUGCUGAGGACGGUGAUCGAGACAACGCCGGAUGAUUUACUGGCGGUUGUGUACCUUCUGGCGAAUAGGAUUGCACCUGCGCAUGAGGGCUUGGAGCUUGGUAUUGGGGAUGCUUCAAUUAUCAAGGCACUUGCAGAGGCUUAUGGGGCUAAAGAAGCACACAUUAAGAACCAAUACAAGGAACGUGGAGAUUUAGGCCUCGUUGCAAAGGCCAGUCGGUCUUCUCAGCCUUUGAUGCGUAAACCUGAAGCAUUAACUGUUACUAAAGUUUUCGAAUCAUUCCGGCUUAUUGCUAAGGAAUCCGGCAAGGAUAGUCAAGAGAAAAAAAAGAAUCACAUAAAGGCACUGCUAGUUGCAGCUACUGAUUGUGAACCUCAAUAUUUGAUUCGUUUGCUCCAGACAAAAUUGCGUAUUGGUUUGGCAGAACAAACACUCUUGGUAGCACUGGGCCACGCUGCCGUUUAUUCUGAGAAGCAUUCAUCUCCUUUAAAGGUUGAUAGUCCUCUUGAAGAAGCCGCAAAGAUUGUCAAACAAGUUUAUUCUGUAAUUCCAGUCUAUGAUAAAAUAGUUCCUUCUCUUCUGUCUGGUGGCGUGUGGAAUCUCCCAAAGACAUGUAGCUUUGCACCUGGCAUUCCAGUUGGGCCUAUGUUAGCUAAACCAACUAAGGGAGUAUCUGAAAUUGUGGAAAAGUUUCAAGAUAUGGAGUUCACCUGUGAAUACAAGUAUGAUGGAGAACGUGCUCAGAUACACUACAUGGAGAAUGGUUCAGUGGAGAUAUACAGUAGAAAUGCUGAGAGGAAUACUGGAAAGUUUCCAGAUGUUGUUGCCACUAUUGAAAGAUUAAAAAAGCCUUCUGUGACGUCAUUUGUUCUUGACUGUGAACUUGUUGCAUACGACCGUGAGAAGCAGAAAAUUCAACCUUUCCAGAUUCUCAGCACUCGUGCUCGGAAAAAUGUUGUCAUGAGCGAUAUCAAAGUUAAUGUGUGCAUAUAUGCUUUUGACAUGCUGUAUCUAAAUGGACAACAACUCCUGCAGGAGCAACUCUGUGUUCGUCGAGAGCAUCUUUAUGAGUCAGUUCAAGAAGAACAUGGUUUUCUCCAGUUCGCCACUGCUAUUACAUCAAAUGAUCUUGAGGAAAUACAAAAGUUUCUUGAUGAUGCUGUUAAUUCUAGCUGUGAGGGGUUGAUCAUCAAAACAUUGAAUAAAGAUGCUACGUAUGAGCCUGCAAAACGAUCAAAUAAUUGGCUCAAAUUGAAAAAGGAUUAUAUGGAAAGUAUUGGCGAUUCUCUAGACUUGGUUCCUAUUGCUGCAUUCCAUGGCAGGGGCAAACGCACUGGUGUCUAUGGUGCCUUUCUCCUUGCUUGUUAUGAUAGUGACAAAGAGGAAUUCCAGAGCAUAUGCAAAAUUGGAACUGGAUUUUCUGAGGUAAUGCUUGAGGAACGUUCUGCCAGCCUACGCUCUAAAGUUAUUCCCAAGCCAAAGUCUUAUUAUAGGUAUGCAGAUACAAUCAGUCCAGAUGUAUGGUUUGAACCAACUGAGGUGUGGGAGGUAAAAGCUGCUGAUCUGACCAUUAGUCCAGUUCAUCGUGCUGCCAAUGGUAUUGUGGACCCUGACAAGGGAAUAUCAUUACGAUUUCCACGAUUACUUCGUGUCCGUGAAGAUAAAAAUCCAGAGCAGGCGUCCUCAUCCGAUAUGGUUGCGGAUAUGUACAACGCACAGAAGCACGCCCAAAAAGACAACCGGGAUGAAAAUGAGGAUGAUUGA